ACCUCCCACCCCCGAUCCCAACUCCCACAUCCCAUGGCUGCCACGGCCCUCGCCGCCGGCGCGCGUCCCGCCAUCACCACGUCCCACAGCCCUCGUUGCCCCCUCCGCCGGAGCGCCCCCCGCCACCACCACCUCCCACCGCCACCGGCACCACCUCCCUGCGGCCGGCGCGCGCCCCACCCCCACCGCCACGGCCCCCGCCACCGCCGCUGGUGCGCGCCCCACCACCGCCACCUCCCAUAGCCACCGAUGUCCCCGCCAUCAGCGUGCGCCCCACCACCGCCACCUCCCACAGCCUCCAUGGACCCGUCGUCGGCGCGCGCCCCGCCAUAACCAGCGUCGUUGGACGUGGUCGCCGUGCCCCCCGCACGCGAGCGCCACCGAGACCUUCGUCCGACAUGACCGUUGCAUCUCUGAACGGAAAAGCGCCACCGACCGCCCGACUUCUUCCCCUGACCACCGCCGGCCCCCUGCCUCAGGCAACCCCCUUCUCUUCCUUCUGGGCGCAACCGCGAUCUCCUUCUCAGUUCAAAUGAGCGUUAGCCACUAUCCAAGUCGAAUCCCAUUCGUGGGAUAAGUCUGGCUACCAUUCUGUCUCCUUGAAACCAUUGGUUCAUAUCUGCUAAUCCCUUAACUUCACCCUGAAUAUGUAGCGUCAACAUCAACUCCAACAAGUAGUUCCUCAAGUCCGGCCAGUGGCCACAGCUCAUCAUCAACUCUGCCCGCCACACAGUGUAGGUGUUCAUCAACGACCAAUCCUUCGGUAUCGUCUGAAACUCUCAAUCUUUUUGUCUCAACCGUACCGUGCCCUGCUGAAUGUUAUCCUACUACUUACUGAUGAGCAUCGAAUCCUUUGGUCUGUGUCCAUCUUAUCGUCGUGGUGGUGGUUGAGUACAUCUCUGUAAGUUUUGUAAGUUCAGAGACAGGAAACCGGUAAGUUUAGACAAAAUUUAAACUGUCAAAGAACAUGAGUUUUUGUACAGUUUAGAACAUUGACCGUCGCUACCCAUUCAAGUAAUCACAAUACCAUCAUGGAUGACAACAGUUCAAACUGUCAUGGAUGAUGCAAGUUGUAUCCGUGUACAUAGUUAUUUAUUUCUAUUAUGACAAGUUCAACUGAUCAAAUGCUACAAGUUUGCGUGUUAUUUUCUAGGCAGUACAAGUGAUAAUUGUUCUUAUUUCUUCACCAUUUUUUCUAUAACCUGGACUCUGUAGAGAAGGUAGCGAGUGCUCUUUGUGAUAUUAAUUUGAUCAAAACUGAACAAGGUGUUCCCAUUUUAACUAAGCCUUCUCCAUUAUUUCUAUGAUACAUUUUUGCAUAGAUGAUAGUACAUCUGCAGUUUUUUGUGAAAAGUCGAGACACUGAACAUGUCUACUGCAUGUUGCAUAUCCAGUUAGGUUAGGUUGUACUGUUCACUUAGUAUUAUAUUUUUUGAAACUCACCCAAAAACAAUUGUUGAGAUGUAUUUCAUAGCCUCAUGCCAACAUAACUAUAAAAAUAAACAUUCAAGGGGACCGAGUUCAGUGAAUAUGUGUUAGAAAAGUUCAAUUCAACCCUGCACUUAAGUUCAAUACAUAAUAGAAUACGAUAUUGCCAACUUAUCCUCCGGCAGCAGGUGAUGCUCCCCUGCCACCACUCUUCCUCCUCCCUGAUGGUACUACGCCACCACCACGUACAGGCAGUUCGCAGCCACCACCCCUGUCUGUUCAAUGUCGUCAGUGUGGACGCAUCCCACUCCAAUGCCAUGGCUUAUAAUUCAACGGCAAACAGUGGAGCCUGCUGGAGGAGUUGCGGGGUUGAGGACCUCCUGCCCAACAGUACAACUUCUUGUUUUGUGGCCAGUCGCUCAAGGAGCUGAGUGCAGGCCGCUCCUUGCUACAAGCUGCUACUGCACCUACGACUGUCUGGCUCAGCUGCAGCAUUUCUGCUGCUGCUGAUGCAUGCCCCUUGCCCACCGACACCACCUACCUCUGCCUCCGCGACCUCGCCCGGCCGCUCAGCCAACGGAGCUCGACGAAGAGCACCCCGGUAACUUGGAUGAAAAGGUCUCGGAGAGGGUUUUGUAUGAGAUUCUUAUUCAGGUAGGUCGUGUAGUAGACUUGCACAUACCCCGUGACAAGGAAACUAGUCGACCCAAAGGUUUUGCUUUUGCUGAGUAUGAAAUAGAGGAGAUUGCCCAGUAUGCUGUUAGGCUGUUUUCUGGCCUUGUUCGGCUUCACAAUAGAACACUUAAAUUUGCGAUCUCUGGGCAAGACAAGGCCUCUUCAAAUGUCAAUGUUCCUGUAACACCUAACAUGAACCCACUACCAAAUCCACCUCAGCCAAUGAGUUUUGUCAAAUAAAGCAAUGUUCCUGCCCUAUUCGUCUUCUUUGUCAGAAUUUCUUCACAAAAAAUCCAAGAGCUGGGGGGCAUGGCCCCUGCAGUAAUACACAUAGCUCCACCAAUGCUGCAUUAGCCAUUUUUUAACACAUACAUCUAGCUUGCCGAUAGACAAAUAGGGCCGCCGCACUGCAACACAACGACCACCAUGGCUGUCGCCUGUACCAGAUUCAUGCGCUGCUAUCGCUCCACUGUCGCGUACAGGCAGUUCAACGCCGCAACCACAGGCCUUUCAAUCUCUCCGUCGUGGACACGCCCCUCCGCUCCUUCUGGUUGCCUACCAUCCCGGUGUGGCCAGGGCGUUGGGUUCGCCGCCACUGCGACCAGCAUCCAACCCGGCCACCCCAGGCCGUUCACCGUCGUAGCUACUAGGCCGAUUGUGUCGAGCUUCCUGCCACUGCUGGUGGGGCUCCACCGCGGCACCGCCCAUGCCGUUCACCAUCGCCACACCGGGUUGUUCAACAACACAACUCGAAGUAGUUCGACGCCGCGGCUUCGGAGGCACGCACUUCGCCACGAGCAGUCCAUUGCCGAUGUACACUGCUGCUCUAAGCUCCUUGGUAAUUGUUGCAAUAUGUCCAGCGCCGUCCCCAAUCCAGCCCCGUGGCAUCCGGACGAUCGAGUUCAGCCAAGCAGCAGUCCACGGCCGUCAGCUCCUAUUCCCACUAUAGUGGUUGGGUUGCCGUUUUCCUCAUCCUUCCCAGUGCGAGACAACCCAGCCCACAUGCUGCUGCCGUCCGCCACCCCAAAAUAGCUUUGGCUCUUCCUCAAGCAACCAUUUGAAGAACCUUUUGGUGUUUUUUCUGCUGGUGAUUGAUUUUAGCAAAUUGUAGCUAUCUUGCGUAUGGAACUUGAAAGUUCAAGAUUGCUGUAGAAUCAAUUCUUGUAGUAUAAAUGUCCCAAAGUUCAGUGACAUCGCUAAUUGAUGUAAUGUGGUCUUGCAUCUCCAAUAUGUUGCUCAGCAUCCUCCCAAUCCGCUCGAUCUCGUCCUGCUCUGGAGCAUGCUUCAGUUCAACAAAAAGCUCCGGAAAAGUUCAUAGUACUUUGCAUUUAUGGGCUAAAGCCGUGGAUUACGCCCAGCACGUCGUUCCACAAUGAGCCAGGAUAGAGGUUGUUGGACACUGUCGUGCACGCAGUGAGCAACUGUGGCCGUUGGCCACCCCUUCGGUUAGAAAAAGGUUUCACUUCACUUUGCUGAAGUUCAUCUAGAAUCUUAAAAUCCGAUGUGGUCUAUGGCAAGGUACAUCCAACGACAACGGGUAGGCGGCAAGUGUACUUAUGCGCAGAGGGACGGUGGCACGGAGCAGUUGAGUAGGUGUGCGUGGUGAGCAGCUACAAAACUGAUUCUGACAGUGCAGUAUUAGUCCCACACAGCCUCUCAACACCCCCUGCUUCAACCUUCACGGCCCAGGUCGUUCACUGCCUCGACACGAGGCCGUUCGACGAUGCAACGCUCAAGCCGUUCACCCUUACCACCACAGUCCGUUCACCUCGGCCACACGAGGCCGUGCGAUGACGCAGCGAUCAGACCGUUCACCUCUGCCAUAGGAGGCUGAUGCAAACGCUAAGGAGUUGUGUUCUUUUUCAGCACAUGUUUUGUGUGCUUUUUAGUACACCUACUUAACGAUUCUAUGUCCAAUUUCCUCUGUUUAUGCGUUCUUCCUAUAGCACAACAUGUGUUGUGUGUUAUGCCUUAAUAAGCAUUUGAGAAAAUCUUGUAUGGAUCUAAACUAGCAUAUGUUCUGUUUUGUUCUUGUAAAUGAAGCUCCACUUCUGUUUUCUU